AUGAAGUUUUUACCCGUCGUCACUACGGCUAUUGUCGUUGCCAUUGAUGUUGCCACGGCUUCUUCCGACCUUGUUCCGUACGAAAGGCUUAAUGCAUCUGUCUUCUACUCGCGUGAGCACUAUAAUGGAAUCUACACUUACCAGAAGCUUCACGAUGAUUUUACUCUUAUAAGUAAAAACUUCGAUAGCGUUUUUACGAGCGAGCUGAUGUAUGAUAAUGUGAAUGCAAUCAAAGUGGCAAAAGAUGUCGGUCUUCGAAUUGCAGUUGCAGUAACGGCAGGCAAUGGGCCCGAUUAUAUCCAACUCGUGUGUGAAAGCGUCAUGAAAUUCCAGGCUAUUGUCGAUGCCGUCUACGUCAGGUAUGACGCGUUGGAAAGUACCAUGAAUAUUCUCAAGCCGUCACAACAGCAAUUGAUUGAUGACGUGAAAGCCAUCCAUAAGUGUCUGGGUAUUGUAACGCCAGUUGGUGUGUCGCAGCAAAUUGAAUCUUGGAACACGAAUGAAGGAACGAUUUUGGCAAAGGAGUGCGACCUUAUUGGUGUGGCUAUCAAUGUAUUCGACGUUGACAAUGGAAAAAAGCCGAUCGAGAAUCUUAAAGCGAAGUGGAGUAUUGCAGAGAAUAAGUUUGGCUCGGGCAAGUUGCGUUUGACGAUGACUGGUUUUCCGCAUCGCUCUUAUGUUGUCAGAAAAACUCCGUCGUCGGUUACGAAUAUGCAGCAAUUCUUGAAUGACUGGGCCGACUGGAUCAAGGGUAAAGGUUGGUCAUCCUAUUACCUGUUCUUCGACCCACUCGAGUGGCAACAAGGUAAGACGGGUCAAGUGUUUUACGGUCUCUGUGACUCAAACGGAAAACCGUAUGUCACUUUUCCGUCGCGUAACCUGUUGCCGAAGUAA